AUGAUUUCUCUACAACACAUUUUUUCUAUAUUGUUCAUUUUUCCUAUUGCUGUAUCUUCGCUAAACAUUUUGGUUUAUUCUCCAGCUUUCGCUGGAAGUCAUAGUAAUUUUUUGGGAAAAAUCGCGGACACUUUGACAGAGAAGGGACAUAAUGUGACAUUUCUGGUGCCAGUGGUGAUGAUUGGAAAACGAGACGAGUGUGUGAAUGGAGUCAAAUUGACUAAGGAUGUGGUUGUUGUGGAGGCCGGCCCAGAAACCUUAUCCCAACAAAGUGGUGAUAUUAACAAUGACGAGAAUUUGAAAGCGUUUUGGAAAGCACACAUGGACUCGUCAAAUGCGAGAUCGAGCACUACAUGGUUCAAUAUUGCUAUGAAGUUCGCUUGCCGACAUUUUCACAGUCAACGCGAUGUUUUUGAGCAAAUGAAGGCCAAGAACUUCGAUGUCGCGAUUCUGGAGCCAAUUUCCGUUUGUGGACUUGGAUAUAUGAAAGCGUUGGGAAUUGAGAAAACGGUUCUGGCUUCUUCGUUUACGUUUUUCGAUGUGGUCCUACCGUAUACUGGAGAAGAGUUGGAUUAUAGUUCUACUCCUGGUGCGUUUGGAUCGUUUGGAGAGAAAAUGACCAUGUGGGAGAGAUAUGAAAAUUGGAUGGUAAAUAAGGAAGUAAACAUGGCCCAAGAGGACAUGUAUGAAGGAGAAAUGGAAGCGUAUCGUGAAUUAUCCGGAAAAACCCUGCCAGACUGGAGGGAACUUCUACCCUCUGCGUCUCUAUUCUUCGUUAAUUCUAACUCAUUCCUGGAUUUUCCACGCCAAGUCCUCCAAAAAACCAUUCCGAUCGGAGGCAUCACAAUGAAUCAAAAAUGGAUCAAAGAACAAAAGCUAUCCGAAGAUUGGGAGAAAAUUCUGGAACAGCGACCUCAUACUAUUCUUAUCUCUUUUGGCUCAAUGAUCAAAAGUAUGUACAUGCCAAAGGAAUGGAGAAACGGACUCCUCGAAACAGUUCGAUCCAUGCCAAAUGUGACAUUCAUUUGGAAAUAUGAAUCAGACGACGUCGCCUUUGCUUCAGGGCUUUCAAAUCUUCAUUUUUCAAAAUGGGUUCCUCAAACAGCGCUUCUCAAUGAUCCACGACUCUCUGCUUUCGUGAGCCAUGGAGGAGUCGGAAGUGCUCUAGAACUUGCUUACAGUGGAAAACCAACAAUUAUGAUUCCAAUUUUUGCGGAUCAAAUUCGAAAUGCAAAUAUGCUCGCCCGACACCAAGGAGUCAUACAUUUGAACAAGAAUGACAUGGAAAACUUCAGAAAGACCCAGAAGGCGUUUAACGAUAUUUUGUACGAGGAGAGUUAUACGAGGAAUGCAAGAAAGCUGGCUGAUGUUUUGGCGACGCAGCCGUAUAGCCCAAAAGAUAAUGUGAUCAAGUAUACGGAGUUUGUGGGAAAACAUGGCCCCUUCCCGGCUAUGGAACCUCACGGACGUCAUUUGAACUACUUCCAAAGGCAUUUCCUGGAUAUUUAUGCCGUUUUCGCACUGUUCUACACUACGAUAGCCGUCAUAGUAGCAGCUGUGGUAUGGUGCAUCUACCGAAAAUGUGUGAAAUGCUUGAAAGUAGAGAAAAUCGAGUAG